AUGAAAAAUGGAAGCUUAGAACAGUGGUUACAUCCUGAGACUUUGAAUGCAAAUCCUCCAAUAACAUUGAACCUUGGUCAUAGAUUAAACAUCAUCAUCGAUGUUGCUUCUGCAUUACAUUAUCUUCAUCGAGAAUGUGAGCUAUUAGUACUUCAUUGUGAUCUAAAGCCAAGCAAUGUCCUUCUUGAUGAUGACAUGGUUGCUCAUGUGAGUGAUUUUGGCAUAGCAAGACUUGUCUCAACCAUUUCUGGUACGUCUAAUAAGAAUACUAGCACAAUCGGAAUAAAAGGAACAGCUGGUUAUGCUCCACCGGAGUAUGGGAUGGGUUUAGAAGUUUCCACAUGUGGUGACAUGUAUAGCUUUGGAAUCCUUAUGCUGGAAAUGCUUACUGGUAGAAGACCCACUGAUGAACUUUUUGAAGAUGGUCAAAAUCUGCAUAACUUUGUUACAAUUUCAUUUCCCAAUAAUCUUGUAAAGAUUUUUGAUCCACAUCUUUUACCAAGAUCUGAAGAUGGAAAUCAUGAGAUUCUUAUUCCAACAGUAGAGGAGUGCUUAGUUUCCCUUUUUAGGAUUGGACUUUUAUGUUCAUUGGAAUCACCAAAAGAAAAGAAGGAAUGA